AUGGUGAUUGUGGCCAACCCAUCAUCACUCAUUCCCUCUUUAAAACCCCAAUUCUCACCACAACAACGUAACUUCUCCACCAAAUUUCUUAUCUCCCCUGAAACUCCAACACAAAACACCAUGCUUGAUAUUUGGUCAUGGAUUUGCGAGCUACCCAACUUGUCCCGAUGGACCGAGUCGGACCCUUCACUGGUGUUCGAACUCGCUAGCUCCGGACCGAGCCCCGGAAACUCCACAACUCGGUCCAUCCAACUCAGAGCCGAGCGAAGUUCCGGCUCCAACAUUGACACUCUAGUCACUAUCUCAGUUUGCUUGCAUGGCUUUCAAAAUCUUCCCAAGAAGACCCUCUGGAUUUCUGAUACGUGCUCUCUGUCUUCAGACAAACCCUUCCUCCCUCUGUUACUCCAGCUUCUCCAGGAGAUCAUAUCCCGGUCGCCGACGGCGCACGACAGCACGUGCCCCCGUUCUCAGCUCCAGGCCCUCAAACCCGACCCGAUUUCUUGGGUCAUGGACUCCCACUCUCCCGAGUCUUUCUCCAACUUCUUCGACCUCGUCUUCAUCACUCGCCUCUUCUGGCUCUGCGCCUGUGACGCGCCGAGUGAGGUCGGCUCCCUCUACUUCAAGUCCUUGCUGGCUCCUAACAUUGAAGGGUUGAUGUCCAAGCACGCGCCGGCGCUGCGGACGUUCUUGAUCACAGUUGGAGUGGACGCAGAGCUCUGCUUCAUGCGCACCCUCGGGUAUAUGUUAGCAAAAUGGUGCAUGGCGAGGCAGGUCGGCGUAGGUUUACAGACCCUACCAGCUCUGACGGCGCCGUCUCAGCAGAAUCUAGGAUUCUCCUACGCGAACGAGGCUUGUGGGUAUUGGGUGCUGAAGGGAUAUGCGCCGGUGCUCGGAAUGAGGACCACUCGGUCGGUCAACGUCCAGACGGCUCAAUUUCCGGUUUUGGAAACGACCAAGGACUCGGUGCUGAAGUACGCUCUGGCUCACCAGCAGCUUGAGGCGGUUGUCCAGGUGGAAUAUAACGUCGGAUUCUACGACGGGUUUAUUCAGGUGACUGCUCGUGUCGAUAAUCUACGCUUCCACAUGGUGAGUCUUGGAUUCACUAAAAAUAAGGAGAUGGACUUGGCUGAUGAGAAGUAUUUCCCGUCGAGAAUCCGGAUUUGGGUUGGGCCUGAAGUCGGGGCGAAUUACGUGCAUGGAUUGAGUUUGGGCCGGUCCACGGAUAACGGGGAGAAUGAAGUGAAAAUGCAAAAUAUUAUGAAGGGUAGUUUUGGAAAGUCAAAAAAUGCGCGGGUGAAAGCAGCAAUGAGGAUGUCAAUGAGGACGAGGAAGAAGAAUUGGAGGUGGGACCAGGAUGCCGAAGGGAACGCCGCUGUUUUUGACGCCGUGUUAUGUGAUAAUGUGACUGGUCAUGAAGUGACCACGUGUAAUCCGUCAAUUGGUGCGAAAAGUGAUAAUAAUGGGCUACGUGGACGAUACACGGGUGCGAAUAGGGCGUUUACUAAAACGGGUGGUUUGGUGUUGAGUGGAGAUGAGUAUGGGGAUGGAGUUGGAUGGAGAUUGAGUAGAGAGAUGGAAGGGAGUGUGUUGAAGUGGAGAAUAGGAGGGAAGGUAUGGUCGAGCUACUUGCCAAAUGAGGUCAACACUAGUUAUUGUGAGACUAGGUGUGUGGAGUGGUGUGAUGAGGUUGAUUUGCCUUUGAUACUUGGAAAAAUCAGUGUAUGA